ACCAUCAGUUGCUUUUUAGCGCGCAUCCACGCUAGUCGUGUUGAGCGCGUCUCCGCCUCAACAGAUAAUAAAUAUUUGAAAACGUUUUUAUAUUCGCGCGGGCAUCUGUGAUUGUGGUGUGCUUUGUGGAGGUUUAUAUUGGCUGCUGAAAUAAAAAUAUCCACAAUGCUGCAGCAGAUACUGCGAGACAUGUGGGUAGAUCCGGAGAUACUCGCAGAGCUGGAUGAAACACAGAAACAAACCCUCUUCUGCAAAAUGAGAGAGGAACAGGUCCGCCGCUGGCACGCUUGGGAUGAGAAGGUGAAAGACGAAGACUCUCAGCCCAAGUUCAGUCAGAACAGCAGGAAACAUGUUCAGUUCCUGCAAGGAGAAGAUGGAGAGCCCUGGGUUUGGGUGAUGGGUGAACACCCGGACGAUGAAUCGGUUGAGAGUAUCCUGGCUGAAGAGGCACGGCAGAGAGCUCUGGCGCAGGCAAGGCAGGAGGUGCACCAGCUUAGGAAGUCUGUCGAGAAGGAACUCACGCACCUCAUUGAUUACAAGCCUUUGGACAGCUUAGAACAGCAGUUUGACCUGUCGCCGAAGAACGUGGACAGCUUGGAAGAUACCAUCGAUCUGUACUGCACGGCCGAUGAGCUGCGGAAGACCAUCGAGGACCUGGAGUCGGGUGGCAACAAGGAAGGCAUCGAGAAGGAUUACUGCGACGAUAUAAAGCUGGAUCUUAAGAAGAACACGUUGCAGUUUAAUUUUAUUGAAGGGAAGAAAGAUUUGCAGGAGUCGAACGUUUGUCGCGGUGAUGGAGUGAGUCUCCGCGUGGCAGCCUGGGAGCGACGCGUGGCUGCGGCACGUGCUGGAGACAUCCUGCGGGGGCUGCGGGCGAGACGGGCGAGGACCUUGAGGGACGCUCAGCUGCAGGCCAGGGAUGAAGAUGUCGUGUGGAGGGAGCAAGAAAGGAAAGCAAAAGAAGCAGAGGCAGCGAUGAGGGAGAUAGCACGGGCUGCCCGCGAGGCUCACCGACGGAGCGUCGACCCGGUACCUUGUCACACUACAGUAAGUGCACCUCCGAGUAGAGAAGCAGUGCUGGAGUGGUUCAAGAGUCACGAACAAAAGCGUGGAGUCGGUCUGGAUGAGAACAACAAACCUGUGGACUGGUUUCAUGGUUUAAUAAGUCGCGUGGAGGCCGAGCGUAUGGUCAACGAGAGUGGUGAGGGUAGCUUCGUGGUGCGUUUGUCGGAGCGAGUGUGGGGGUACGCCAUCUCGUACCGCGCCGCCGCCCGCUGCAAGCACUACCUGGUUGACACCAGCGACGGAUACCGGCUGCUGGGCGCCGGUCAGAUCUCGCAUCGCACCCUCGCGGACCUCAUAAACUACCAUAAAACAGUCCCAAUAACGGAGUCUGGCGGCGAAUUGCUCAUGACAGCGUGCGUUCCCGCGCAAACUGUUGUCAUUUAAAGGACGCCAUUUUUAUUUCAAUACAUUGUUAAGCAUUAUUUUAUUAAGGGACCAUUUACUCAGUCAUUGUAUAAAGUAAUCUUGUUUAUCUUACUUUAGCGUUAAUUGAAGCGUAUACAAAACGUCAUUAAACAAACUAUGCUCAAUAAACGUUUAAAUCUAUACAAAUAAUGUAUUGGGGGAAGUCUUCUAAGGGCGGAAACACAUAGUUUCUAGGACUAUUUUUUAUUUAGAUGUUUGAAACAGAUAGAUCCUUACAUUAACUAGUAGGUACAUACAUAGUUAAUAUAUAAUAUAAAAGGAAUAUUCUAGUAGCUUUACCCCAAAUAUUCUCUUCAACGAGUUGAAAACUUUUUCCACAAAUUUUAACUUUCGGUUUAAUUAAUUGCAGUAUACUUAUACUUUUUUUACGUUUUAUCUUCCCAAGGGGUGAUCUGUUGUUGGCAGAAUUUGACAAUGGUAACAAAAUAAUGUGUCACCAUGGUCAACGUGGUGUUGUAAGCGUUGUGAUAAUAUUUUCCAUUUUUCAAAUCUUUUUCGUGUCGAUCAUUUUCUUUCUUUUAAAACAACUUGUCAGCUGCUGGACGGCAAAGAAGUUUAAACAUUAAAGUUUACUUAUCUUACUAAAACGAAGUAGAAAAUUAAUUGUAUAAUGUUUAGGUAACUUGGAAAACUAUAUUGACUGAAAACUAAUUUAAAUACUAAACACAAACUAUAUUCACUUAUAAAGUCUGCAACAAAGCACUUUCCUAUAGAAAAAAAUCCAAAAUCACCGCUCCUACUAUAGUUAUUUCCCUCUCUUCGAAUACGCUUCCCGUGACCUUCGCUUUUAUGUGGUUCUACAAUUAAACUUCUUAAUUGGGUCAAAUUUUUCUGAAGGAUCAUUCUAACUAGCCUACCUCCUUCCAGACGCUCAGCACCUUCUCCACUCCUGUACAUUCUCAUACUCAUAAUGCCGUCUUCCAGACAACCUCUGCAGUAAGAGUUUCGGAUGUCGUGUUUGUUUAAACCGACGAACGACGAGAUGUUUGAGCCAAUGGGUCAGUCUGGGCGAUAGUGCAGGUAUUGCUUCCGACUGUCUACUACUUGUUAGGUGUCAUUUUACCAGUGGGAGGCUCCUUUGCACAGGAACGCGCCUAUCUCUGCCGUGAAGCAGUAAUGUGUAAGCAUUACUGUGUUUCGGUUUGAAGGGCACCGUAGCUAGCGAAAUUACUGGGCAAAUGAGACAUAACAACUUAUGUCUCAGAGUUUUUGGGCUUUUUCAAUAGUCUACUGCAGUAUAAUGGGCAGGGCGUAUCAAUUACCAACAGCUGAACGUUCUGCUCGUCUCGUCCCUUAUUUACAUUUAAAAAACCCUUGAUCACAUCGUAUUCCGCACCACUUCUACUGAUAUUCGAAUAUAUUAAUUAAGACUCGUGAAAAAAUCGUGCGUGUCCGGCUUUACGGGACUUCCCCAUAGUGUAUGAAGUUUACUACAAUUGUAUAAGUGUUAUAAUAUUGGUAUAUUUAUAAGAGUCUACGUGUGUAAGUAGUACGGCUUAUAUUUUUAUACAAAUAGUACUUAAAUUUCUUGAACGAAUCUUGGUAAUGAUUUAAAUAGUAUAUCAUCAUUUAUAAUUACCUACUGUCAGGUUGACCCAUACAAACUCUAAACCUUAGAUUAAGGAUUGGUCUCCGCUGCCCUCCAAUUAGAUACCGCAGGCGUAGUCGGAAAUUGCGGCGACUAAUACUACGCCCUAAUGGGCGUACUCGAGCCAAUGUGUGACGGUGACGUGCCACAACAAACAAAAUAAACAAUAAACUUAAAACUAAAAUUUUGCGUGAAGCUUUCUAAAAAUAAUAAGUACUAAAAGAGAUAAGAAAGACACUGGGAUCACAUAUCAUCAGUAAGUAUUUUGUAUUUUAUUAAUUUCAAUGUAAAAUAACACGAAGCGUAUGUUACAAAAAUUUGAUAGAUGCCACUGAGUGCAAAGAUGCUGCGGACACAAGCAUCUAAUAGUUGCCGUAAUAAAAAAGCUAUUGUUCUUAGGUAGUGCGGUAUCUAGUUGGAACGCAGCGGAGAUCAAUCCUUAAUCUAAGCUCUAAACCUUUUUAAGCCAAUAUCCAAAUAUAAAGAUAUAAUUAAAGUAGAAAUGUUUGUAUUAAAAUAUUAUAAAUGAAAAUAACACAUUACUUGCAUUUUGAUGACUAACUUAACCAUUAUAUUAAUUAAACUUUUUACAUUUAACGUAGACAGCGAAUCUUUCUACCGCGGAACGUAUUUUAUGCAUUUUUUAGUAAUAAUCUCAAUUUAACCCAAUAUCUUAUUAGUAUAUUAUGCUUGUACGAUGUGAUAAUUCGGAGCGUAUUAAAAUCAUUGGUGACCAGUAUUAUGCUUGGAGGAAAUCUCCCAAAAUUCGGGGAAAAUUAAGCCAAAGUAAAUUUUAUUUAGCGUUAUUGUGUAUGCCAUUUAAACAUUUCCUUUUUAGUUUGUAAGUGCUGUAAACUGCCAAUUUUAAUAAAUUAUGAAAAUCUA